GUCGUUGUCGGACUACAGCUCCCAGAGCGCCGCGCGCGCGGGCCCGGCGGGGGCGGCGGCCAUGUCGGGCGGCGGCGGUGUGGCGGCGGCGGCCGCUGUGCCCGACUACGAGGUGGCGGAGCUGUACACGCGCGUGUUCCGCGUGGGCGCCGUGGGGCGCUACUGGCGGCAGCAGCUGGGGCCGCCCGACCUCUCGCUGGCGGCGGAGGCGGCGGCGGAGGCGGCCGUGGCGGCGGAGCUGGGCUGCGCGGCGGAGACGGCGGCCGAGCUGCGGGCCGUGUGCAGUGUAGAUAUGUUAUUGCCUCCUGAUGAAGAAAAGGAUCCGGAAGUGAUUCCUGAAGACAGCAGUCUACUAACUCUUCGAAUUAGAAAGAAGGCACUAGAGAGGCGAGAAGAAACCAUAAUUGUGGAUCGGGCUUGCAGACAAGAAACACUUGCUUAUGAGAUGGAGUCUCAUGCAAUUGGAAAGAGACCAGACAAUCCAGUAGAUCUAGUUGAGGAGGGAGAACUGCUUUUGACUCUAAAUAUCUUCUAUCCUGUCAUAUUUCAGAAGCAUAAAGAUCACAAGCCCUAUCAGACAGUCCUUGUACUGGGCAGUCAGAAGCUUACCGAGCUGAGAGACUCUAUUUCCUGCGUCAGUGACCUCCAGAUAGGUGGUGAGUUCAGCAACCAGCCAGAUCAAGCACCAGAGCACAUCAGCAAGGAUCUCUACAAAUCUGCCUUCUUUUAUUUUGAAGGCAUCUUUUAUAAUGAUAAAAGAUACCCAGAGUGCAGAGAUCUGAGCAGAACAAUUAUUGAGUGGUCAGAAUCUCAUGACAGAGGCUAUGGAAAUCUUCAGUCUGCUAAGAUGGAAGACUACACAUUUAAUGAUUUGUCCCUCAGAAUUGGCUUUCCAUACCUUUUCUGCCACCAAGGGAACUGUGAGCACAUCAUCAUCAUCACAGAUAUAAGGUGGGUAACCAACAAAGACAGUCUGGCACCGGAGGAUCCUUGUUUCUUCUGUGAUGUUUGUUUUCGAAUGCUCCAUUAUGAUGCAGAAGGCAAUAAACUGGGGGAGUUUCUUGCAUACCCUUAUGUUGAUCCUGGGAUUUUCAACUAGAACUGACAUCAGCCAGAGGGAAUUCAGUGAGAUGCAUCGAUGAGUCUGUUGCUGUGGCUGUUAAAACCACUAAACAGCUUGAGUGUUUUGACUGCUGGCUUUUUGGGUUAGGCUUUCAUGCCUCUGCUCUGAGGUGGAAGGAGCCCUUUGCACUUGAAGUCUUUUUAGUAUGCUUCUUUUCUGACCAAUAAAUAAAAGUGUGAUUGUUAAAGAUGUUAGCAUGGAAAAAAUGUGCCCAGACAUGCACUUUAUUUUAAUAAAAUACACUUUUUAAUAUGCUUUGACUACAAUAUCGUUGUUUGGAGAUUACAACCUUUGGAAAAUCAGUGUGUUUAAAGAGUACCUUGUAAAACCAGUCAGUUUCUUGAGAAAUUCUGCCCGUUCAGGUCUCUGUUAACUUCAAAGGAUGAGAGUGUGGUCUUUGGACAUCUUGCCUGGAAAACUCAGGCAGUUGUCAUCUCUGAACAAGGGUGGAUAGCAGUGCACUGAAUUGUUUGAGAGGAGAAUGCAUUCGAAGAGAUAGAUCAAAGUGCCAAUUAAUUUCUAGAUCUUUCCUUCAAAGAGAGGGUACUUGCUUCUGUAAGCUACUGUUGUCUUUGCCUUCUGACUCUGAGGACCAACCUUGUGAAGAUUAAAAUACACUUCACUGAUUACUGAACUGUGGCCUGCCUUUCAAAUAACUUGGUUAACAGUGUUUACAAUGUAUGUAAUUUUAACAGUUUAUGAAGUAGUGUUAAUUGUGUACUUCUCCUUUUUAGUAUUGUUCUGUUUGUUAUUUUGAGUCCUGUUAUUUUUGUUAAAAUGUGACCAAUUUGUACUUAUUCUGAUAAUUUGAUGUUAUGCUGGUACACUGCUUGCCGCAGCAGACUAUACGUACCUAGCGUCUUGCUUUUUAAUGUUGUCUGCAAUUCAGAGCAGUUCGGUGGAGAUUUUUCCUGUUUAGGGAAGCUAGUAACACUAACUGCUUUUCUUGUGUGAAUUUGAGAGAGUUCUUAAAAAAAAAAAAAAUUGUGCUUAGUGUCAAAGACAUCUUACUAUGAUAACCUGCAUAUAGAACCACAUUUGACAAACCAAAUUCUAAUACUGAGGUCCUGUGACCACAGAUCAUGCAAAUGGCUACUUCAUUAUUUUAGAUGUCUUGAAACAAACGUGUUUCAAAUAAACUGAAUCCUGCAAAUCA